AGGAACUAUUUGUCUGAAUUCUAAAUCCAUGAAAUAACAUCUCCAGCAACUGGGCGUAGAUGGUAUUGUCAACGUUUGGUCACCUGACUGAGUGACAUCACGACUAUAUAGAUCAGGUAAAGUUGUGAAACAAGAUAACUGCGGAAGACCGGAACAGAGCCUCUGACUAUCGAACGCUUUUAUGUUAAGUCUCUGGUUAAAGUCUCUCAAGCGAUGAAGCCUGGCUGUGUUUCUAAGUUCCUGGUACUAUGUUUUUUCCUCAACAUAUCAAAGUCUAUGGCCGAUAAGGCAUCCGACUUCCGAGGCUUCAUUGGAGUGGAGGACGAUGCAGGUGUGAGCAGCAUCAGAGGUGAGACGGUCUUGAAGAGUCCGCUGACCACAGUCUUCCUCCCCAUCGUCUACAUCAUCGUAUUUGUCGUGGGUCUGCCUGCCAAUGCUCUGGCCCUCUGGGUGUUUCUAUUCCGGACCAAGAAGAAGAACCCGUCCUCCAUCUUCAUGGCCAAUCUGGCGCUGUGUGACCUGCUCUUUGUCAUCUGGAUCCCUCUGAAGAUCGCCUACCACUUCAACGGCAACAACUGGAUCUACGGCGAGGGUCUGUGCAAGGUCCUGGUGGGGUUCUUCUACGCCAACAUGUACUGCUCCACUGCCUUCAUCGCUUGCAUCAGCAUUCAGCGCUACUGGGCUGUCGUCCAUCCAUUGUCCCGGCAACGAAAGGACAACGCCGUGAGUGUGGCCAUCUCCGUGGUGAUCUGGCUGGCGGUCUGGGUCCUAACAACGCCCCUCUUCCUGUACGACCAAACGGUGAGGGUCAUCAAUAUGGACAUCGUUACGUGCCAUGACGUCACCCGUCUUAGCCAGAGGGAGUUGGCGGCGGGUUACUUCCUGACCAUGGGCAUUCUGGGAUUCGUAGUGCCGGCGGCGGUGUGCGUGGUGGCCUACGUGCUGAUGCUCAAGGCCCUGCGGAGCUCCAUGACGGACGAGGCCAUCGCCAAGAAGCGACGCAAGGCGGUGGUGCUGAUCAUCACCGUGCUGGUCAUGUUCCUGGUGUGCUUCAGUCCCAGUAACAUCAUGCUGCUGGUGCACUAUGGCCUCCUGCUGGCCCAGAGGACCAACAACGGCUACGGCUUCUACAUUACCACCCUGUGCCUGGCCAGCCUCAACAGCUGCAUCGACCCCUUCGUCUACUACUUUAUCUCGGAGGACUUCCGCGAACACGUACGAAACACGCUUAUCUGCCGCAGCCAGCGCAAGGCAGAGCGCAUGCGCGUGUCCUUCAGUGCACUCAAGAACUCCAAGAACUCCAAGAAGAGUACGUACAGCUCUGACAGCUCUGGGAAGACCCAGAGCAGCAGCUGCUGACCGCGGGGAGCGUGUUGGACUUGGCGGGUGCUGCCUCACAACGCGGCACACUUUUUAACAUUUUAACAAGAGCUUGUUUUCCUAUGAAUUUGUAUAUACUGUGAAUUAGAAUUGUUUGUUUUUUAUCAGGUCCCUGGUGUUGCUGGUAUCCGACCAGCAGUAUAUUGUCUAAAUAAGGCAUGUUGUUUCUGUUUAUGUUUUACUCCAAUAUGUGAUAUUCUUUUAAAUAAAACACAUUGCUCGAAUGGA